AUGAGUGACUUGAAGGAUGACAUGAAGCAUGCAGAGUACAGGGUGGAAGAUACUUCCGAUAUCAAUGCGACGGAGACAUUGGAGACCAAGUUUGCAUCUUUGGGCCGAUGGCAAGCCGCGAGAGUCUUUUGGAAGGCCAUGCUCUUCUGUAUGAUAUUGAACUGGGCAGCAUUGAACGAUGGUUUCCAACAACAAGUACCCGGCAACAUCAUUCCCCUACCAGCAUUCGUCAGACAAAUGGCGGACACGGUUGUAGAUGGCAAGCCUGCCAUCAGCGCUACAACUGUAUCCUUUUGGCAGGGUUUUGCGGAAAUGUCAAAGAUGGUGGGAAUGUUUGCUGGGGGAUAUUUUGCCGACAAGCUCGGGCGCAAGAGAGCAAUGAUGGUUGCCAUUGCAAUCCUCCUCGCGGGAUCAGUGGCUGAGAUUGCCUCCAACGACUGGCAGAGCUGGCUCGGUGCUGCGGUCCUUGUCCGUCUUGGUGUCGGUCUUGCCCAGUCMAUUCUGGUCACUUAUAUUUCAGAAUUGGCGCCCUUUCAAAUCCGUGGACUCAUGAUCGGUGCCUAUCAACUCAUGCUUGCGUUUGGCCAAUUGCUAUGCGCAGUGGCAGCACAACUGGUCCAGGUCAACAGGCCGAAUGAAUGGAGACCCCUGAUUGCGACCGAAUUCAUCUUUACUGGUAUCCUGAUCCUCAUGAUUUGGGCAGUCCCAGAGUCCCCGAUCUACCAUGCACGUAAUGGAGACGCGGAGCGUGCGAAGCGGUCGAUGAAACAACUCUACGGUGGCAUUGAGAAUUUCGACAUCGAGUACGAAUACCGCGUGAUUGAGCACGGUAUUCAGGCUGAGAUGGCGCUCAUCCUCGCUUCGAAAGAAUCUUCAUUCUUGGACAUUUUCCGUGGUACCAAUUGGCGUCGAACCGUGGCUGGAGCCGUGGGUAUCUGCACUCAGUGGGCGGCAGGUGCUCCGAUCGUAUUCAGCUACUCCACGUACUUUUUCGAGGUUGCCGGGAUGAAAGAUCCCUUCAUCGUUAGCAUAUUGACAUUCGUUCUGCUGAUUAUUUCAAUCUCCUGUUCAUUGGUCGCCUGCGAGUACAUCGGCCGACGUCCUCUCCUGAUCGGCGGCUGUGCUCUUAUGUGCAUCUUCAAUAUUGGAUUGGCUACUUCCGGAAUCUUCAAGACCAGUGGUGCAGAUAAAGCCGCCCUCGCGUGCUUGCUCAUAUGGGUCUUAUGCUACGGCGCUUCAGCCGGUCCGAUCGGAUUCGUCGCUGCUGGAGAGACCUCGACUCCUCGUCUGCGGGCUCAAACCACCUCCUUUAACUUGGGUUGCUAUGGUGCCGGCUUCGUUGUGUUCCAGUGGACAAUCUCCUACAUGAUCAGUCCAGAUGMUGCAAAUCUGGGUGUCAAAGCUGUCUAUGUUUGGGCUGGCCUGCUAGUACCCACAACAGCUUUGCUCUGGUUCUUCUACCCGGAGACCCAAGGACGGACAUACUGGGAGUUGGACGAGCUAUACCAACGUAAUAUCCCAGCGUGGAAGUUCAAGGAAACCAAGACCUUGUCCGAGAGUAGUGGGCAGAAGGCAGUACCACGGCGGAGGAGCGUCGUUUAG